UUCAUUCACAAAACACAUUUGCGCUGGCCCCAAUAUAUUUUCUAAAUUGUAAACAGAUAAGCACGUAAAAAUGUACAAAUUUCUCUCGCGUCGCCCGUUUAGCGGCAAGGUGAAGAAAAUGUCGAGCAAGCUCUCAAAUAUUCAACGUCCGCCCAAGGAUCCACCAGAUGAGGGUUACGAGCCGACUUGCAUCGAUCAUGAUGGCAUUCAAGUGGCGGACUUUGUGAGACCUGCAGCCUUUCGGCAGUUUAGUGGCCCCGAGGAAAAGUUGGGUCCAGGCGCCGGCAUAGGGCUGGAAUACAAGAAUGCACAUUACUUUGCCUAUCAUCGUUUCUCUUUUCUUGAGCUGCAGAAUCAGGCCUUGGAGUUGCGAGAUGAGCGCCGACUCAGUGGCGGAAUCCAAGAUGCAAUCGAAGCGGACGAGGAGGAGGAGUGCAACGAAGGCAGUGUAAAGGCCAUGAAGGAACUGGAAGCGGAGUGCGAGAAGAUAAUCGCUGUGCAGGCCAAGCAGCUGGAAGAGGCCAAGAAACAGCAGGAACUCUGCGAAGCGCAAGAGAAGAAGCGGCAGGCGGAGGAGGAAUGGUGCAAAAAGAAAGCAGAAGAAACAAAAGAGGUAAAGCUGAACGCGCUGCUAGAGAUGACGGAUGAGCAGCUGAAAGAGUGGUGCGAAAAGUCACUCAAAGCACAACUGCUGGAGAAGAAGAAGUCAGGGGAGGAAGAUAAAUGUGCAGCGGAAAAAAUUAAGAAAGAAGCGGAUUUACAGAUGAAAUGUGAGGCAGAGCAAAAGAAGAAAGAAGAGGAAUUGAAGCUGAAGUGUGAGGCAGAGCAAAAUAAGAAAGAAGAGGAAUUGAAGCUGAAGUGUGAGGCAGAGCAAAAGAAGAAGGAAGCCAAAUGUGGGUUGGAAGAUGCAAAGAAAAACGAAGAUAAGAAGCCCAACACUGGAGCAGAUGGGAGCAACAACAAUAAGAAAUAAUAUACUAAGAUGUGCGAUUAUGGGGCCACAAAAAAAUUAAUUAAUUAGUUCACUAAUUGGCAGCCCAAAACUAUGUUAAAGUUUUGAAAUAAAGUUGCCGACACCAAGAUGGCGCCACUGCA